UCGUUUAACUCAUCCCAAUUCAUAUACAAAGAACACACAAAAAAGGAGCUAGCUUAAGGCAAAAGACAAUCUAAACGCUCCGCAAUGGCGAUCACACGCGCAUCCUUUUCCAUUUGCCUCAUCCUCUCCUUGGUUACCAUUGCCACCGCUGAUUACUACUCUCCCUCAUCUCCUCCGGUUUACAAAUCACCGGAACACAAACCCACACUUCCACCUCCAGUUUACACUCCACCGGUUUACAAGCCUACACUUUCACCUCCGGUUUACACUAAGCCAACUAUUCCACCUCCGGUCUACACUCCACCGGUUUACAAGCCUACUCCCUCACCUCCAGUUUACACCAAACCAACUAUCCCACCUCCGGUCUACACUCCACCGGUUUACAAGCCUACUCUCUCCCCACCGGUUUACACUAAGCCAACUAUCCCGGUUUACACUAAGCCAACUAUCCCACCUCCAGUUUACACUCCACCGGUUUACAAGCCUACUCUAUCCCCACCGGUUUACACUAAGCCAACUAUCCCACCUCCGGUUUACACUCCACCGGUUUACAAGCCUACUCUCUCACCACCGGUUUACACUAAGCCAACUAUCCCACCUCCGGUUUACACUCCACCGGUUUACAAGCCUACUCCUUCAGCUCCGGUCUACAAAAAGUCUCCAAUCUAUUCUUCUCCACCCCCUCCAUAUGUGCCUAAACCAACCUACACUGCACCCACCAAACCAUACGUCCCAGAGAUUCUUAAGGCUGUUGAUGGCAUCAUCCUAUGCAAAAACGGCUACAAAACCUACCCUAUUCUAGGAGCAAAGGUAAAAAUUGUGUGCUCCGACCCAGCAUCAUACGGGAAAGACAAGAACGAGGUUGUGAUCUACAGCAAUCCCACUGACUCUAAGGGUUACUUCCACGUGUCGUUGACCGACAUCAAGGAUCUAGCUUACUGCCGUGUCAAGCUUUACACAUCUCCCAUCGAGUCUUGCAAUAACCCGACAAAUGUCAACAAGGGUCUCACAGGAGUUCCCUUGUCGUUGUACGGAUACCGUUUCUACUCCGACAAAAACUUGAAGCUCUUCAGCGUCGGACCUUUCUACUACACCGGUCCUAAGGCUGCUCCCGCCACUCCCAAAUAUUGAUGGUGAUGAUCACAUUAUUAUGAUGAUCUGGCAUGCAUGAUGCAUUAUUUGAGGUCACUUAAAUCAAUAUUUUUUGUUUUUUGAGUUUUUUUUUCCCUUCAUUUGUUUGUUUGUUCCGAACCUUCCGAUUUCAUUUGAUUCGCAGCAUUCCCAUAUGCAAUCUAUCAUUUUGGUUAUGCUUUUAUUUUAUAUAAAUUAUACAAUAAAUUCUAAGAGGAACUUUAUUGUCUGA